AUGACUAAGAUUGGACUCAGUGACGCCCUCAUGGAUGGCAAGGCAGCAGAGCGCCUGGACAAGUUCUCGAAGGAAGAGCUGAGGGACCUUUUUACGUUUCAUGAGGACGAGACGUGCUUGACUCAUUCGCUUCUGAACUGCGACUGCGCUACCUCCACUUCCACCUCUACCACGUCAGUGCAUGCCCGCACUGUGACACCUGGUAUAAGAAAUCAGGGCGAGCGGGCCUGUUUCUUAAAAGAGCCGUCAGCAGAACAGGUCAAGAAUGAGUUGCUGAAGGAAUGGACACAUGUUGAGGUGGAUUCUUGGAGGAAAAUGGUUCGACAACAGGGCAAGGAUCCUAUAGUGCCAGAGUUGUCUGUGCGAGAUCGGAUCCUGUGGAAGGUGCUAACAAAGAGGUCGAGCUCUAAUCAUCUGCGACAGCAAAUUACUGGUGAGAGUGACCAAGAGGAGAAUGCUGAGGAGAGCGACGAGGAUGAAGGCGAUCAGGAUGUGAAGGCGGAAGGAGGACGGACCAGCGAGGGUAGUGUUGUUAGCUUUGGCAACGGACUCGACAAUGAACCCUACAGGACCGUUGCCCCAACUACUACCACAACAACUAUUGCUGCUACACCCGCCAUUUCGACAGCAACACCGUCAACAACAACAACAUCAACCACAACAUCAUCAGGAGCCGUCGCACUAGAGAUUGGUGGCUACAAGGUCCACCCGUCAGCCUUGGCCCCAAACACCACCAUUACUGGAUCCUCAUCCAGCGCAUUCACCACCAUGACCACAGGACAGCUCGCUGCUACCCUGGCAGCAAACGACUCUCUCCGGAACAACAACCACAACAACAACAAUACCAAUAAUAACGACCGGUCCGGUCGCCCCAACUCUUCCGACUCGAGCUUUAUUUCUGACUUUGUUGUACGGCUACUGCCAAUUGCCUUGGGCUCGCUGGUGGGCUAUAUCGUUUACGUCUACAAUGUCCGUCUCUGCAUUGAUUAUAUCCUGCAUUUUCUCAACCAGCCCGUCCAAGCAGGAAUCUACUUGGGCGUGCUCAAUGUGUUUGCACUGUUGUUUUAUGUAUCGUAUGCCCGCACCAUAUUUAAUAACCCUGGAACUCCCUUGAAGCCACCGAAACGGAAUCCGCUUCCUCCUAUCCCUCCUACCACGACUCCAUACCGUGCACAACCUGCAGGAAAAGGAGACGCCUCUAAUUCGAGCAGGAACAACAAUGGUCAUUCUGCGCUUCAACCUGUCAGCAGUACCACGCCACUGCUACCAUCGACACAAUCUGGCGAUCAGUCGACUUUGUUCUCGAGAUACCAGACCAUGAAGCAAUCAACGUUGCUCAACAUUACGGAUGGACAGGGACAGGGACAAUCACAGGAUAUCGAAGCGGCACACGAGGCGCCUGCUGCGACUCUGAGCAUUUCCAAGAAGGACGGCAGCCCUCGCUGGUGCGAGCUGUGUCAGAUUGUCAAGCCAGACCGCUGUCAUCACUGCAAGGAAUGCGACCAGUGUGUGCUCAGGAUGGAUCACCAUUGCCCAUGGGUUAACAGCUGCAUUGGAUACAACAACUUGAAAUUCUUUUACCUCUUCCUCCUGUAUGCCUCACUGCUGUCGAUCUGGGUCAUCAGCACUACUAUUCCGAUCUUUGUCACGGCCUAUUCUCGAUGUGAGCAGAACAGCCUUUUCGCAUGGAUGCAACCGGACGGACUUCAGCACCCAUCCGACUGCGUCUUUGAUGUGCAAUGGGCAGUGAUUACAGUGCUAUCGUUUUUCCUGACUGCGUUUAUCAUACCCCUGACAGCGGCCCAUACGAUUUAUAUUCUCAACAACCGGACCACCAUCGAAUCACUACAGGAUGCCAGGAGCACCUUUAUUCGCGUUCAGUACAGGAAUGUGAACCCUGCGUCGAUGUAUGCGCCCGGAGUCUCACCUCCCAGGUUCAACGUCGUUUUGGUACAGCCUGGCGAAAGCAUGUGGGAUCGAGGUUCCUGGAACGCCAACUGGAAAGGAAUCAUGGGUCCAUCCUGGUGGCUAUGGUUUCUGCCGUAUGCAAACACUCCGGGAGAUGGCAUCCAUGAAGUCUACAAUGAGCGCGUGUAUGAGAGACUGGUAGCAGCUCCACAGACAGGAUAUGGCCAGCCUUCAGUGAGACCUCUGGGUAGUCGUGGGUAUGGUUCAGGAGCAACGGAUGCGGUGUCAAGUCAGUCGACGUUGAUUCCAGGAUCGACAUACUCGACUUUACCACCGGCGACAUUGUCAUUGGCUGUUCCGUUAGGGAGUGGUGGAUGGUCCAAACCUAGGACAAGUGAGGAGAGUGAGGAGAGUGAGUCGAGCAUAGGCAGUCUUGGACGGUCUCUUCCUACACCCCAUUCAUCACCUCGCAUGGAACCACGGGAUUAG